GUUCAAUUUUUCUAUGUGUACUUUCAUGCAUCUUUUGAAACGCAUGCAUUUCGACCAAUCGAUCGAUUGCGAGAGAAUACUCGUAUCGCCAUCUAGCGACAUUUAUGUAUAUAGUUUUCAUAACAACAGUGAAGCUGAUUACAAUGUUCGUCGAAAGAACGCAAUAUGUUUGAAUGAGAAUAAAAUUGAUCGUGCAAAGUUAGUAUUAACGUGUCCUAGUUUAUAAAUACGUAUCAACAAACUCCAUAGUGACACGUUUCAACAGGAAAAUUCGCUACAGCCUGUGAGGAAGCACCUCCUACCAUUAACAAAUCCAUCGUCUCCGGAGCAUUACCGACAGAGGAGAGAAAUGACAUCGAUCGUCGGUACUUAUCAACAUGAAAGCAAUGAAAAUCUCGACGAGUAUUUCAAAGCUGUGGGUGUACCGUAUAUUCCACGGAAAAUUAUGUGCAUGUCCAGUCCGCGACUAGAAAUAUCAAACGACGGCGAUAAAUGGACCAUUCGUACCAUUACGAUGAUUCGCACGGCAGAAGUGACGUUUACUCUCGGCGAAGAAUAUGAAGAACAUAUGCCCGCCGGAGUUGUGCUGAAAAAUGUAACUACAAUGGAAGGAGAUAAUCUAGUGACGGUCUCAGUCGGUCCAGAUAACAACAAAGUAGUGCGGAAGUACGAAAUUACAAAGGAUGGUAUAGCCUUGGUAAUGACUCACGAAACGAGUGGCCAAGUAGGAAAACGUUAUUUCAAGCGUCUUUCGUAAACCAUAAUUGCAAUUUACACUGUAAGAUGCUUUUACAUUUCCAUUACGUACGAUUUAAUUUCAAAUCGUCUCGUACACGUUUUAUUGUAACAGGAAAAGACUAUUAUAAAAAAAAAAAAAAAAA